GGGCAUAAGAAAGCUCGGAAUGCUUAUCUCAAUAAUUCCAAUUAUGAAGAAGGAGAUGAAUAUUUUGAUAAAAACUUGGCACUAUUUGAGGAAGAAAUGGACACCAGGCCAAAGGUGUCUUCUCUACUCAAUAGGAUGGCUAAUUAUACUAAUCUGACCCAAGGAGCAAAGGAACAUGAAGAGGCAGAAAACAUCACUGAAGGGAAAAAGAAACCCACUAAGAGUCCACAAAUGGGCACUUUCAUGGGUGUCUAUCUACCAUGUCUACAAAACAUUUUUGGAGUGAUCCUUUUUCUACGCCUUACAUGGGUGGUGGGCACAGCUGGAGUUCUUCAAGCCUUUGCAAUUGUCCUUAUCUGCUGCUGUUGUACAUUGCUGACUGCUAUCUCCAUGAGUGCCAUUGCCACUAAUGGAGUUGUGCCAGCUGGGGGCUCAUACUUUAUGAUUUCCCGAGCUCUGGGUCCAGAGUUUGGUGGGGCUGUUGGCCUCUGCUUUUAUCUUGGUACCACUUUCGCAGCAGCCAUGUAUAUUCUUGGUGCCAUUGAAAUUUUUCUGGUAUAUAUUGUCCCUCGCGCUGCAAUCUUCCGUAGCGAUGAUGCACUCAAAGAAUCAGCAGCCAUGCUAAAUAAUAUGCGUGUCUAUGGCACAGCGUUCUUGGUUCUCAUGGUAUUGGUGGUAUUCAUUGGCGUGCGCUAUGUGAACAAGUUUGCUUCACUUUUCCUGGCCUGUGUUAUUGUUUCCAUCUUGGCCAUCUAUGCUGGAGCCAUCAAGUCUUCUUUUGCCCCUCCACACUUCCCGGUCUGCAUGCUGGGUAAUCGAACCCUCUCAUCAAGACACAUUGACAUUUGCUCUAAGACCAAGGAAAUCAACAAUAUGACAGUACCAUCAAAGUUAUGGGGCUUCUUCUGUAACUCAACUCAGUUUUUCAAUGUCACCUGCGAUGAAUACUUUGUACACAAUAAUGUCACUUCAAUCCAGGGCAUCCCUGGAUUGGCUAGUGGUGUCAUUACAGAGAACCUUUGGAGUAAUUAUCUACUAAAGGGAGAGAUUAUUGAAAAACCUUCAUCCAAAUCUUCUGAUGUCUUAGGCAAUUUAAACCAUGAGUAUGUCCUUGUUGACAUCACCACCUCCUUCACUCUUCGUGGGAUCUUCUUUCCCUCUGUCACAGGUAUCAUGGCUGGAUCAAAUAGAUCUGGAGAUCUAAAAGAUGCCCAAAAAUCUAUUCCUAUUGGCACCAUCCUUGCCAUUUUGACUACCUCCUUUGUUUAUUUAAGCAAUGUUGUUCUUUUUGGUGCCUGUAUAGAAGGCGUUGUUCUCAGAGACAAGUUUGGAGAUGCUGUGAAAGGUAAUCUGGUGGUAGGUACUUUAUCUUGGCCAUCGCCAUGGGUGAUUGUCAUUGGCUCCUUCUUUUCCACAUGUGGAGCUGGACUUCAGAGUCUCACAGGUGCACCAAGGCUUCUACAAGCGAUAGCCAAGGAUAACAUCAUACCCUUCCUGAGAGUUUUUGGUCACAGCAAAGCCAAUGGGGAACCUACCUGGGCUUUACUUUUAACUGCUGCUAUUGCAGAGCUGGGGAUCCUUAUCGCCUCCUUGGAUCUCGUGGCCCCAAUUCUUUCCAUGUUUUUUCUCAUGUGUUACCUCUUUGUGAAUUUGGCAUGCUUGCAAACAUUACUUCGAACACAAUGGAGACCCCGGUUCCGCUACUACACUGGUAAUUGGGCACUGUCUUUCAUGGGAAUGAGUAUUUGUCGCUUGAUGUUUAUUUCCUCCUGGUAUUAUGCCAUUGUAGCCAUGGUAAUAGCUGGUAUGAUCUACAAGUACAUUGAGUAUCAAGGAGCUGAGAAAGAAUGGGGUGAUGGUAUUCGUGGACUGUCCCUCAGUGCAGCCCGGUUUGCUCUUCUUCGUCUAGAGGAAGGACCACCACACACUAAAAACUGGAGGCCUCAGUUACUUGUAUUGCUGAAACUUGAUGAAGACUUACACGUCAAGCAUCCCCGCCUCCUUACCUUUGCUUCACAACUCAAAGCAGGAAAAGGCCUCACUAUUGUAGGCUCUGUCAUUGUGGGGAACUUCCUCGAGAACUAUGGGGAAGCUUUAGCUGCUGAACAGACUAUAAAGCACCUAAUGGAAGCAGAGAAGGUGAAAGGAUUCUGCCAGCUGGUGGUGGCCACCAAACUGAAAGAGGGCAUAUCCCACCUCAUCCAAUCAUGUGGCCUUGGGGGCAUGAAGCACAACACGGUGGUUAUGGGCUGGCCUAAUGGCUGGCGCCAGAGUGAAGAUGCUCGAGCUUGGAAGACUUUUAUUGGCACAGUUCGAGUGACAACUGCUGCCCACCUUGCCUUGCUCGUGGCUAAGAACAUUUCCUUCUUUCCCAGCAACGUGGAACAGUUUUCUGAGGGCAACAUUGAUGUGUGGUGGAUUGUGCAUGACGGGGGGAUGCUCAUGCUGUUGCCAUUCCUGCUCAAGCAGCACAAGGUAUGGCGAAAAUGCAGUAUGAAUCUUCACUGUGGCCCAAUUAGAAGACAAUAG